AUGCAGAACGAACUCGAGCGCUGCACCGAGCGGCAAAAGAAAAAGUUUGAAAGAUGCCGGAAGCAGACCGACAAGGCGAUUCCCGACAUGUCACACACAGUGGUCAACCUCACUGAACGACAAUUGACCGAAGAAGAAGUGUCAGUUCUUCAAAAAGGAGGGAAUUUCGCUAUCAUCCCGAGAACUAUACCUAUGGAGGACAUCAUUGCCAACACCGAAGCAGCCAUUCGGACCCUUCCUUGUGAAAGGGCAGAGGAAAUACGCACUGAAACAGCCAGGAUACUGCGCCGAGCAAAACCACCAGCUUGCAACCUGAAGAAAGAAGAGGUACAAGCCAUUAAGAAUCUCAACGCCGACAAGAGUAUAUUGCCACACGUGGGAAAGACCGACACAUACAUUAAGCGCUCAGGACAUUUCAUUGAUAAGCUGAAGAAACUGAAACUUGCGCCAAACGACAUCCUGGUCAGUUUUGAUGUUGUUUCGUUAUUUACGAAAGUGCCACUCAGCGACGCUCUGGAGCACAUCGGUUCCAUGUUCCCGCAAGACAUCAAAAAGCUCUUCCAUGCAUGUCUCACCACGAGCUACUUCACGUGGAAUGGCGAUUUCUACGAACAGCUGGAAGGCGUCGCCAUGGGUAGUCCUCUCAGUCCAGUGGUGGCCAACUUCUUCAUGGAACAAUUCGAAGCACAGGCACUGGACUCGGCGACUUGCAAACCUAAGGUGUGGUACAGGUACGUCGAUGAUACUUUCGUGGUGUGGAGCCAUGGUGAAGAACAGCUCGGUGAAUUCCUGAGACCCUUGAACAGCCUCCAUGCCAACAUAACAUUUACCAUGGAAGUAGAAAAGGACAAGAAACUGCCAUUUCUAGAUGUGCUGGUCACAAGGGACGGCGAAAACCUGGGACACAGCGUGUAUCGAAAACCGACACACACGGACCGAUACCUGCACAAACUGUCAAACCACCACCCGAGCCAGAAAAGAGGCAUGAUUAGUACGCUCGUAACGAGAGCAGGACGAAUAUGUGAGCCUCAACACCUCAAACGAGAAAUGCAACACCUGGAAACUGUUCUGAGGAGCAAUGGGUACUCCACAAAUUACAUUAGAAGUGUAACAGAGCCAAACACUCGGCGAAGUAAGGAACCAGAAAAAGAAAUGUCGGAAUGCCAGCCAUAUAUUGGUGGACGCACUCUUCACGUCAGCAAAGUGGUCAAUCAGGGAACACCUUCUGGUGACCAGCUAUGUGUGACGUCAGCGCCUGAGUGCACUGUCCCCGAGGACUGGCCCAACAGGAAUCCCAAGGGUGAGCCCAAGUGGAGGUAG